AUGGGUUUCCAUCAUCAACACUGCUCGUGCGCCCCAGUACCGCUCAAGAGCUGCAGGACGCCUCACGGCCAGCAAGUCUUCACUCAAGAGCUCUUCUGGGGCCCCACCGCCUCGUUCAAAGAUCUUUCGCUGCAGCUGAUGCCCCAGUUGCUGCAGUACUUUGCAGGAAAGAACAAGUACGCCAUGGUGGUGGCCACGUCCGGGGACACGGGCAGUGCGGCGCUGCACGGCUUCGGCUCGCACACCUCGUUUCCCGUCGUCGUCUUCUACCCGGGCAACGGCGGCGUGAGCAGCUGCCAGGAGCAGCAAAUGAUCGGACUUGCCGCCCAGCACCCUCACUGCCGGGCGAUUGCCGUCAAUGGUGACUUUGACUUCUGCCAGUCGGCCGUCAAGCAGAUGUUUUCGGACGUGGCGUGGCGCGACGACCUGCUUGAGUCGUUCGGUGUGCAGCUGAAUGCGGCAAACUCCAUCAACUGGAUGCGACUAUUGCCACAGAUUAUUCACCAUGCUGCCGGGUACUUGCAACUGGUCAACGAUGGGCGCAUUGAGUUUGGCGAGCCGCUCGAUCUCUGCAUUCCCAGCGGCAACUUUGGCAACGCAAUGGCCGCACUGUAUGUCAAGCGGAUGGGCAUACCGUUUCACCGCAUCCUAAUUGCCUCAAACGUGAACAACGUUCUGGAGGAGUUCAUAUCCACUGGCAUGUACGACCUGACACACCGUUCUCUGGUCCAAACCAUGUCACCAGCCAUAGAUAUCCUAGUCUCGUCCAACGUUGAACGACUGCUUCACCUCAUCGCUCGCGAGUCGCGAAACCCAUGGCACAUUGAGUGGGCAAGGUGCGCUUUCUUCGAGUUGAACCGCACUCGCCAAUUUUCAGCACCAGCCGACUUGCUCGCGGCGAUUUCCUCGGAGCUUGCGCCUGUCUCCAUCUCGGACGAACAGUGCUGUCAGCAAAUCUGUGACCUGGCCUCGUCUGAACAGUACAUUCUGGACCCGCAUACGGCAGUGGCAGUGGCAGGGUGUCGGGAUGGGAAGAUCCCUUCCAGCGCUUCCCGGGUUGUCUUGGUAGCGGGCACAGCGCACUUUGCAAAGUUCCCGGAAGACGUCAGCACCGCCUCUGCCAUUGCUGAGCCUCUCCUCUCCGACCUGUCUGGGGUCGUGCCGCACACUAGUCUGCAGGGCUCGCUGGCUGCAUCACGUCAAGCUGAGGUCGUCGAGUGUAGCGCAUCCGUCGACGACAUGAAGCGUAUCGUUAAAUCGGCGCUGCUUCAGCAAGCGGCUUGAGCGAAACAGCUGGCGUGUGCCCUCCUGUGCAUGUCAUGGUAUUGGUCUUGAGUGUACAGGCGGCCCACUGUGACCUUCCAUAGCAAUUAGGCGAUGCACAUGGAACACGCGUACCGGAUGAUUUAAAACUACCGGGGGAAGAGAGAACUGUUUGCAUGUGCAAAUGAUGUCGUGAGAGUACGGUACUGAUGCCAUGAAAGUAUGGCAAUGUAAUUAAAGUACGGUAUGACAAUGAUUGUAUUCAGAGUACAGUAUGACAAUGAUGUCAUGAGAAUAUGGCAAUGAUGUAAUUAGAGAACGGUAAUGAUGUCAUGAGAGUUCCGGAAUGAUUUAUUGGGAGUACGGCAAAGAUGUAAUUUAAAAUUAGAGUAUAGUAUUGAUGUCAUGAGAGCUCGGUAAUGACGUCAUGAUAGUACGUUUAUGAUGUCAUGAGAGUACCUUGCUUGGGAUGACAGUGAUACUGGUUUCAAGCCUAUGGGUUAUAUGAACUUAUAUCCCAGUCGCUUUACGUUCUAAUCUCGUGCCGACGUGGGCUAUGUUAUCGAGACAGAAUUCUUGCGUAGAGCACAUUCCUGUCCAUCUGUUAGUCUUACAUAUUUAUCCUAGCAACAUAUUUUUUUCUUUAAUUGCUACACCUUCGAGCUCUCGUGUUCUCUGCUCUAACCAUUCCAUGAUGGAUCGCUAAUGAUUAGGGAAACGUCAGUGUUUCCUCGCCUCGAUUGUAAGACUGCUCUUUAUUGACAAUAUCGUUUCGUGGACGGGUAUGUAUUGUAUGAUAAAUUAUGAUUGUCAGUUGGCAUGUGACAGAGUUGCCUGGCAGGCAGAUCGUGCAUCUACUACUUACACAGCUGCGUAAUGCCGAUUCUUCCUUUUUUUUGGAUUUUUCUGAUUUUCGGUCUUCUUAUUUUUUAUUGACAUCGCAGAUGAUGGUGAUAAUUGAUUUUGCAAAGGUGUCCAAAUAUUUUAUUUCCUUUGAAGUAUUUCUUGGUACCGUCAACAAUAUACAUGUAGUUAUAGCUAGCAGUGUCAUCUCUUAAUGGCUUUUUCGCUAUAUGACU